CCGCCCUUUCCCCGCCGGCUUCCACUUCCCGGCAAGUUGGUGGUUCGAAGCAGGAGUUCGUGGGCUUCCUUUGCGGGUGGCCGGGGGGGUGUGGGCAGAUGGAGGCCAGCCUGACGUGCGCCGUGUGCCUGUCGCUGUUCGAGGAGCCGGUGACGCUGCCGCUGUGCUCUCACAACUUCUGCCGGGGCUGCGUGCUGGAGUGCUUGGCCUCGGCCGAGCCCGCGCGCCCCCAGGGCCGCCUGUCGCGGGGGGGGGCGGCGGGCGGCGCGCGCGUGCCCUGCCCGCUGUGCCGCAAGGCCUGCCCGCUGCCCCGCGGCGGUGCCGCCGCACUGCCCGUCAACACUACCCUGGCCGAGGUGGUCAGGCUCUACCGAGCCGGCGCCGCCAAAGCCGGGCAGGCCGAGGCGGGGAGCGGGGCCGGGCCGGGCUCGCCGCCGGCGCUCGGGGGAACCUGCCAGAAGCACCCCGGGCAGGUGGUGCAGCUGUACUGUCGCAUGUGCAGGCAGGCGGGGUGCGGGCAGUGCGUGUCCGAGCAGCACCAAGGCAUCUUCCACUCCGUCAAUCUCAUCUACACCGUCUACCAAGAAGAAAAGUUAACCUUCUUCAGCAGUCUGAAAAAAAUGAGACUAAUAAAUGAGAAGCUGAUGAAUGAAAUAGCAAGUCAACCGAAUGAUACAGAUAUGGUGCUGAACAAUGAUGCAGAGAUAAUUGCACAGGAAUUUGGAGAAAUUUUCAAAACUCUGGGAAUGAAGAAGCAGCAGUUGCUAGAAAGUGUUGAAAAUCAAAGAAGUAGAAAAGAGAAAGAAUUUCAGAUUUGGAGGAAAGUGAAGGAAACUCACAAGAAGACCGUUGAGAAUUUUUUGAAGGAUUGUGACAAGCUUGUCUAUGAGUACGAUCCUCAGCGUUUCCUGGAGGUGGCCUGUGGCUUGAAUGCAAGAAUGAAAACUCAGCUUGACCUGAUGAGUAUAGCAUCCAGCUAUGAAAAACCACCAGAGUAUACACAAAAGAAGAUAGAUAUCAAACCUGUGAUUAAUGAAAUCUUGGCUUUGAAGCUGACAGCCAUUAACGUAGGCGUUGAAGAUCUACCUUCUGGAGGAAAUGAGAGCUCAACAAAAAGUACUCUGUUUAAAAAUAACAUACAACAAUGUCAGGACCAGAAGAAUAUACCUAGCACACUUCCUGUAGCGGGACAGGAGGAAGCACUAGCAGAUGGUAGCAAGAUCUGUACUCGUUUAAUGUCAGUAUCAGAAAUGUCAGCAUUUCAAAACAUGAGUCAUGAGGAGUUACGUUACAAAUAUUAUACGGAACAUCAGAUGCUCACUGAGGAGUCCAAAAUGCAAACUUUAUCUGCAAAUAAAAAGUGUAAAUUUGUAACUGCUGAGGCUUCCAAGGAUAGGUCCUCAGGAACUCCUUUUGUAUCUUCACCUACCAAAGCAGAUAAGACAGAUAAAGUGAAAAUGGGAGCCCUGCACAGAGCAGCAGAUGGCUUUCAGAGAAGCUUUUCUGGAACCAGUAAUCAGAGCAUCCCAUCUACAAAGAUGAACUUUUCAGAAACAAGUGGCGACUUAAAAUCAAUUCAUGAGAGAAAUUCCCAGGAAGUAACCACUCCAGCCUUAUCGGAGAACUCCAAAGACUUAGGAGAAAAAUCACCAAUGCAGGCAUCAGCAGUUAUUGUUUCCAACAAAAUGGACGCUAAUUCUACAACGUCACCUGGCUUAAAACCAGCAGUAUCGGUAGCUGUUACUGUUACAAAUUCAGAACUUCUAGAUGUUUCUGCAGAGAGACUUUCUGCUUCACCUUUUGCUUUCAGUGCAUGUAAUAAUUCAUUACCCAGAUUUGUUAAAGAUACAGCUACAUUUUCCUGUAAAAAGAAAGGUGGGAAAUAUGUUUUCCCUCAAUUUUAUCUGGGAAAAUUUGAUCGUGUGGAUAAAACUGAUAACCCGGAUGAAAGCAAGCUAAGAAAAGAUGAUCCUGUAACAAAAAAACGCAGUUUCUGGUGCUUCAACCAGUCCCAAUUUAGACUCAGCAGAAAGUAAGAAGCCAGAUUUUUCGUUUCCCUUUCACAAUUCAGAAAGAGAUUGUUUUGCAAGAUCAGGAAUGAGCAAUUCAUUUAAAGUUUUACCAUUGUUCUCACUUCUUAGCCAAUCUGAAAAGCCGUCUGACAAAAAUACAUCAUCUCACGUGAGAGAAAAAACCCAUUCUGCAAAGGAAACUGCAGAAUAUGGUACACAGAAAACAUCUGUCUCAGGUGGACAAAAAGCUAGUGCCUCAGAAUCCAUCACAACUGUGGCUUGCAGUACUUCAGAAACCAGCACUGCAGCUGGGGUGAAUGGUGUCUCCGAGUGCCCCCUCACCCCCAGUAAUUGUGUAUUUUCCUUCAAAAAUAACUGUUUUCAGUUGCCUUCACCAGUAUUUUCAUUUGGAAGUUUUGUCAGAAAUACCUGUGAUUCACUGACUUCUUCCAGGGUUUUGUCUGGAAAUGGUACUGAAAAAAUGGAAGAGAAGGUGAAAUCUCCUGACAAAGCAUCUCUAAAUCUAGGGAAGCCUGAGUCUUCAGAGUGUGAAGAACCUGCUUCUAGAUGUAGUCAUCCAAAAUGUGAAGGUUCAUUCUUUCCCACUAAGGAAACUGAAAGUGCAGAAGUGCUUGCCAACAGCAAUUCUUCUUGUAGUCAGCCUUUAUGUUCAGUUGUCCUUCCGGUUAAAAAUGAGAAUGAUUCUUCCACUCAGCUAAUGACUAGAGUAACAGAACAAGAAACAAAAGUAAAUGAUGAAAAAAAUGAAGCUGUUGCUGAACACAACUGUUCCUGUCUUGAGAGGGAAGAUGCACCCGAGUCUGAAACAGCACAGAAUGCAGCUUGUUCUGUUCCCAACACAUGCAAUGAACCAUCUUCUGGAGGUUCUGUGCUUCCAGUGAAUGAGGCAGAAGGAAUACCAAGUGACAGCGAUUCUGACAGUGAAGAGUUAAGUCAGGCAUCCAUCUCUACUGAUACCAGCAGUGCAUCAGAGUAUUAUUUUGUUGCCGAAGACAAAACAUCCAGUAGAGGGAAAUCAGAGAUAUGAAUAACUAUACUUAAGCUUAAAUUACACAAAUGCUGCUUAUCACAUUAAAAAGUACGGACACCUGUGAUUUUA